AAACUCAUUUUCUCUGAGAGCUGUAGGGAACAGUUUAAAUGUCGAAUUUGUUUAAGAAACAAGAAUCGCUUCUCUUACAUAUUUCCGAUAUCAGCCAAUACAAUAUCCUGCAGAAGCGACUGGGGUAACUCUUCAAGUCAAGAUUGCUCUCUCAUGGCUGGCAGAAGAGUCGUGGUCUUCCCCUCCCCCGCGGAGCUCGGUCCAGUGCUGGCCCAGCUGGUGACAUCUCGGGCUGAGAAAGCCAUCGUCUCUCAUGGCAGGUUCACGCUGGGCCUCUCCGGAGGAAGCCUGGCGUCCAUGCUCAGCAAAGAGCUGCUUGCUCUGCCAGAUUUGGACUGCAGCAAGUGGGUGGUUGGUUUCUGUGACGAGCGACUGGUUUUCUUCGAUGAUCCAGAGAGCACCUUUGGACUGUACAAGAGUCAGUUGUUUUCCAAGGUCAACAUCCCUGACCGUGGGAUCUUAACCAUCGAUUCCUCUCUGCCAGUCAACGAGUGUGCACUGGAUUAUACCCGUAAACUGAAGGAGGCCUUCCCAGCUGACGACUUCCCAGUGUUUGACCUGUUACUGCUAGGCAUGGGGCCUGAUGGGCACACCUGUUCCCUCUUCCCAGAUCACCCUCUCCUAGAGGAAACAAAGAAGAUCGUGGCCCCCAUCAGCGACUCUCCCAAAGCACCGCCGCAGCGCGUAACUAUGACCUUUCCAGUGGUGAACUCUGCACGCUGUGUGGCUUUUGUAUCAACAGGAGGAAGCAAAGCACCCAUUUUGAAGGAAGUGCUGGAGGGUAGAGAGGGUUCGGCACUUCCAGCUGCCCGUGUCGUCCCGACCAACGGCGAGCUGUUCUGGCUUGUUGAUGACCCCGCAGCUGCCUCCUUAACCAUCCAGGUAGAGAGGCUCGGCUCAGGGGCCAAACUCUAGAGCUUUCCACCUGCCAAAUGAAGGCAGGAAGUCAACACUGGUGUCAAAGACCUGAUUGAAGAAAUUGGAUAAUGGUGCAGAACAUUCCUACUUUCACAUGAAAGUGUAAUUGGUUUAUGUAAACAAGAUCGUGAGAUAGGGAGCUGAACAAAAAUAGAAGAAACGUGUUGUAAUUUCCAGCAUAAGAUUUAGCACUUAUUGGACAAUGGUUAGCGUGCAUGUGUGUGUCAGGUGAGGUUUAGCAAAGUUUUGCUUAGUAAAGUUUUGCUUAUUGUUAGUUCAGUUGGAUAUUUGACGUUUACCGGACAGAAUAAUGUACAAUAUGUGCAGUUUGACUUUAGAAGCCAGUCAUCCAGACACGUACACAAUGUGAUGCGUGAUGAGGGAAUUUGAAACAUACUCUGGCAGACAUCUUGCUCAUCUUCUUUUUUUUUUUUUUAUAUACCGGUACAUGUAUUCAUAAAACACAAAACAGUCCACUAAUCUGACAGUUAUUAUAUCAAUACACUGUAAAAGUCUUUGUUCUGAUUCUCACCCUUUUUAUAAAAUAUCCAAUAAAGCUGUGACGCUGAAAAUCAACACUCA